UAUAUCGUAAGUACAGGUUAAUGUUAGUUGCAUUCAUACAUUUCCUCUCCCGAGAUACGUAUUUCCGUUCUACGUAUCUCCAUCUAGAGCUUAGUUACGUUAUAUAUUAUUACAUAUAUAAGUGACUAUAAGUUACGCAAAAAUGAGGCAUUUUAUCCUAUUCAUAUUAAUUCUGUCGAUAACUACUGUAAGUUUCGGCAAAGUGCGUCCCGAGUAUCAAUGGAAAUACCUUGAUCUUCUCUGGGAGAGUCCGCAACAGAAGCAGGAAGCGAUAGACUCCGGCUCGUACAACCCUAGCGUUGCCUUUCUCUAUGAUGUAGAUAAGGCACCUGAUGGUAGAGUAUUUAUUACCGCGGUGAAAGAUAAAGGCGUACCGGUUAGUUUGAUGACGGUAACAAAUAAACAGGGAGAAGGUGGUCCACUGUUGCGUCCGUAUCCAGAUUGGUCUUGGUAUAGGAAUACAACAGAGUGCAACGGUCUUGCAGGUGGCGUUUAUCAAAUAGACAUUAAAUGCAAUCAUCUGUUCGUUGUGGAUGAUGGUACAUCGGGGGAAGAUCACCUGUGCUCACCUCGGCUGUUAAUCUUCGAUUUAUCAACCGAUAAAUUAGUUAAACGAGUCUUCAUCCCGAAUAAAAUCGCUCAUAACAAAGUCGACUAUGGACUAUUAGCUUCAGUUAUCGUUUACGCUCCGGAUUGCAGUAAUGUGAAGGACAAUGCAGUUGUAUUUAUGGGAGACGUAGAAGGUGCUGGUAUAGUGGUAUAUAAUGCGCGUACUUCAAAGAUGUGCAGAGUUGAAUCUGAUUUCAUGAAGGCAACUGAUAUACAUAUGGUAAUAGACGACCUGAGUAUUCCUUUCAAUGACACUAUUUUCGGUCUGACAAUUAUUGGUGAAAACCUAUACUAUGCUGCUUUGGCGGGAAACAAAAUAUAUAAGAUAGAAUAUCCGAAACUAGUACAAUGUUCGCAAAAGGAUAUGGAUAAAGCUAAUCAGCAAACUCAAUUAGUGGCUGCGUUAAAAAAGCCGACUGCAACGUUAGCAUCUGAUAGAUGUGCAAUAUUUUUCAACGACAUCACAAAAACGGCUAUUAUGUGCGCGGAUGCUACUAAAGCAAUUGACUCCAAAAACACAGCAUCUCUUGUAUAUGAUCCAAAACUACAACGAUUUUCAAGCGGGAUGAAGAUUAGACAGGGCGAGUUAUUGAUGUUAUCAAAUAAAUAUUACAUACAUGUAUCUGAUUACUUUGGUCUAGUGCAACCACCAUAUCAACGUCUGUUAAAUCUAGACGAGAUAAACUUCAGUGUUUUUUCAAUACCAAUUAGUGAAAUUGAAAAAAACACAAAUUGCUUUUCUUCGUGCAAGUAGUAAGAUACCCUAAGGGGGGUGACACCGAAGGCAAAUCGCGGUGAUAAAAUGGGCCGCAGUUUGUCGCCGUUGAAACUAAUCCGCUAGUGGCGCUAACAGUCAUGUACUCGAGAUGUUAUCCGUGUUAUCCUAAUGUCCUAAUGUCCUGGUUUUGCUGAUUUUCAUUGUUCGGUCUUUAAAUAAAUUUUUGUUAA